GGCGCGGCCGGCGGGUUUCCCUGGGCUACAGCCGGCGCGGCCCGCUCGUCCGCCGCCCUGCGCCAUGGCGGGCUGCGCGGCGCGGGUUCCGCCGGGCUCCGAGGCGCGCCUCAGCCUCGCCACCUUCCUGCUGGGCGCCUCGGUGUUGGCGCUGCCGCUGCUGACGCGCGCCGGCCUGCAGGGCCGCACCGGGCUGGCGCUGUACGUGGCGGGGCUCAACGCGCUGCUGCUGCUGCUGUACCGGCCGCCGCGCUACCAGAUAGCCAUCCGGGCUUGUUUCCUUGGCUUUGUGUUUGGCUGCGGUAUGCUGCUAAGUUUUAGCCAGUCUUCUUGGAAUCACUUUGGCUGGUACAUGUGCUCCCUAUCAUUGUUCCACUAUUCUGAAUACUUAGUGACAGCAGUCAACAAUCCCAAAAGUUUGUCCUUGGAUUCCUUUCUCCUGAAUCACAGUCUGGAGUAUACAGUAGCUGCUCUUUCUUCUUGGAUAGAGUUCACACUUGAAAAUAUUUUUUGUCCAGAACUGAAGCAGAUCACCUGGCUCAGCGUCACGGGGCUGCUGAUGGUGGUCUUUGGAGAAUGUCUGAGAAAAGCAGCCAUGUUUACAGCUGGCUCCAAUUUCAACCACGUGGUGCAGAAUGAAAAAUCAGAUACCCACACUCUGGUGACAAGUGGAGUUUAUGCUUGGUUCCGGCAUCCUUCUUAUGUUGGAUGGUUUUACUGGAGUAUUGGAACUCAGGUGAUGCUGUGUAACCCUGUCUGUGGUGUCGGCUAUGCCCUCACAGUGUGGCGGUUCUUCCGAGAUCGGAUAGAAGAAGAGGAAAUCUCACUGAUUCACUUUUUUGGCGAGGAGUACCUGGAGUAUAAGAAGAGGGUGCCCACAGGGCUACCUUUCAUCAAGGGAGUCAAGGUGGCGCUCUGACAGGUGGCAGGUGACCCUGUGUAGCCCAGGACAAAACUGCUUCCAGUCAACUACUGCAGAGUGCAUUUUCUUAAUCAUUUUAUAUGUCACUAAUUAAACUCCUCUGGAAUGUUACUUAAGACCAAAUGGUCAGAAGGCCUUAGGACCAAAGGACCCACUGGAACAAUCUAUUCUUGUGCUGAAUCCAGGCAGGACAUAGAUGAAAGAUGAGUAAGAAGGAGAUCACAGCAAUAUUCAGCAGUGCCCCUUCAAAGUGACCUGGGGAGAACCAAGGCCACGCUCCACUGCCCCACGAGGCCACGGUGUGUGUAAGAUAUUACCAGGACUCCCGGGGACAGGGGGGCUCUGCUUCCAAUAACGCCUCGACAGCGGAGAGGGGUCAGCGUUAAAGACACACCUGCAACCUUUCAUCUCACUGCAAAACACAAACGGCGCAGCUUUAACCCUCUUUAUUUCUGUCCUCAGUGCAUGAACAUCUAUACAGUUUCAAAGAUACUUCCCUAUGGGAUGCUUUGGCACUAAAUCUAUUUAAUUGCAGUUACAUAUGUAUUGUUUAUAACUAGCAGUAUGCAUUCAAAGGGGGCUCACUUGGUAUUUCUAGCUCCAGCUUUUCUUUGGGAGCAAGUUAGCAUGGAUAGACACCUCCAGACAGUCUGGCCAACCGUGGCUUUGUGUGACCACAGCACCCCAGGCCAAGGGGACUGUGGGCCCCUGUGGGUUUUCCCAGGGCCCUUGGCUCCUCCUGUUCUCGACAUGUCAUCAGUGACAGGGGAGUCAAUAAGUCUCAUUUUUCCCUGAUCCAAGAUGUGCUUACUGAAUGCCUGCUCUGUGCAAGGCGUUGUUAAACAUUGAGAAAUACUGCUGUCCAUUUAUUUGGGAUUUUAUUCUCAUUUCACCAUAGCUUAUAUUUUGGUGUUUCAAUGUAAAUCUAUUAACUAUUAUUUUCUAUGUUCUGUUCUCAAAAUUACAUUGUCCCUAAUAUUAUUUCAAACUUUUUUGUUGUUGUUGUUGCAGUUUGGCUGGGCUGGGU